AUCACCCGUGUCAACACUCAACAUGCUGUAAAAAGGCCUCAGUAUUUUUACCACACAAGAUUAAAUAUAUAGCCUUAUAUAAUUCUCUGUAAAUUUUAAUUCUUCAGAUCUCUAUAAAUUCCUGAAUUAUAGCAUUUCAGAAAGAAGCAUUACGAGAGAGAGAGAGAGAGAGAGAGAGAGAGAGAGAGAGAGAGAGAGAGAGAGAGAGAGAGAGAGAGAGAGAGAUGUUGUUUCUUAAAUACAUGCACAUUUUACUGGUCACAAUAUUUGCCAACUCCCUCUGCCUGGAGGCGAAUAAUUUUCGACGUUAUCGCUUCGUCGUGAAGGAAGCUUCAUACAAGAGACUUUGCGAGACGAAGACUAUCUUGACGGUCAACGGCAAAUUUCCGGGGCCGACUCUAAAAGUUUACAAUGACGAAACCAUAAUCGUCGACGUUUUCAACAAAGGAAAAUACAACAUUACCAUCCACUGGCAUGGAGUGAAGCAGCCAAGGAAUCCAUGGACAGAUGGACCAGAAUAUGUAACACAGUGUCCAAUUAAACCAGGAAAUAAAUUCAGCCAAAAAGUAAUAUUUUCUAAAGAAGAAGGUACACUGUGGUGGCAUGCACACAGUGAUUGGUCCAGGGCCACGGUGCAUGGAGCAAUUAUCGUCUACCCCAAACCCGGAUCCGAUUACCCGUUUCCUAAGCCCCAUGCAGAAGUCCCCAUCAUUCUAGGAGAGUGGUGGAAAGAAGAUAUAAUGAGAGUGUUGGAGGACUUUGUUGCUUCUGGUGGGCAACCAAUUGAUUCUGAUGCUUAUACUAUAAAUGGUCAGCCUGGUGACCUUUAUCCAUGCUCAAAUAAUGAUACAUUCAAGAUGAAAGUGAAAUACGGCAAAACGUAUCUACUACGCCUCGUCAACGCCGACAUGAACGAAAUCCUCUUUUUCGGGAUCGCCAAACACAACCUAACUGUCGUGGGAGUCGACGCAACCUAUACGAAACAACUCACGAGGGACUAUAUCGUAAUUAGCCCCGGCCAAACAAUGGACUGCCUCCUCCACGCGGACCAAGACCAAAACCAAUACUAUUACAUGGCGGCGAAACCCUACGUGAACGGAGUCGGGGUCAACUUCGACAACACCACCACCACUGCAAUAGUCCAAUACAACGGAACUCAACAAAUCCCAUCUUCGAUCGAAUUACCUAUUUUACCCCCGUUCAACGACACCGCUUCCGCGACAAACUUUUCCUUUAGUAUCCGAAGCCUCAACACGAAGCUCCACCCGUCGUCCGUACCUUUGAAUAUCACCAAACGGAUCGUGUCGACUAUCUCGGUUAACGUCUUUCCGUGCCCGCCCGGUCAAACGUGCGCGGGCCCCAACGGGACUCGCUUGGCCGCAAGCAUGAACAACAUAAGCUUCGUGAACCCUCCGAUCGACAUUCUAGAGGCCUACUUCUACCAAAUCAACGGUGUGUUCGGGAAGAAUUUCCCGAUUUUCCCGCCGUUGGUUUUCAACUACACGGCGGAUUUCAUUCCGUUGGAGCUCGAGAUUCCGAAACGCGGGACCCAAGUUAGGGUUAUCAAGUACAACUCCGAGAUAGAGGUGGUUUUCCAAGGUACGAACGCGGUUGCCGGCAUUGAUCACCCCAUGCAUCUGCAUGGAUUCAAUUUCUACGUUGUUGGUUGGGGUUUCGGAAACUUCGACGAAGAAAACGACCCGUUGAACUAUAAUCUUAUCGACCCGCAGAUUCGUAACACGAUUAUCGUCCCGAAAAAUGGGUGGGUUGCUAUCCGGUUCAAAGCAGACAACCCUGGGGUGUGGUUUUUGCAUUGCCAUUUUGAACGUCACUUGACAUGGGGAAUGGAGACUGUGUUCAUCGUUCGAAGCGGAAGAGGGCCGACUGAGCGUGUUCUUCCACCGCCUGCCGAUAUGCCACCGUGUUAA